CGCCUGGGUCGUGUUCAAUGUCACCUACGACCGGACACGGCCCGCACUCUACGUCGCGUGGCCAACGAGCUGUCUGCCCUGCUUCCGGCGCCUCAAGGGGUGGACAUGCCCGAAGUGAUGACGCAGAAGGCCAUGCCCAAGGAUUUUGACCUCAGUGAGGAAGCUUUUAGGGAAGCCACCAGCAGCAGGUUUGAUGACACCGACAACGACAUUCUGGCCAACGUGGACAUGUUCGCCUUCGCUCCGCCACCUCGGCAAGCGCCGGUGCCGGCUCCAGUGGCUCCGGUCAGCAGCCCGCAGCCUGCAGAGCCUGAGCCGCUGGCGGAGGCCAUGACGGAUGCGCUGCAGAACGCCCUGGGAGGUUCGCAAGGAGCAGCAGAUGCACCGCCGGCCGCAGAGUUGAUUCGUGGCUCUUCUGCCUCCACCACAGCCAGCUGUCGGGUGGACGAGUUCAUCCGAGCGCAAGAGCUCCAACAAAGUCCCCGUUCUCCCGUGAGGGCCUGCGCGCCGAGGGACUUCGAGGAGGGCGGUGUCGACUUCGAGAUGCGCCUCGAGCCGGAGCUGCCCGAGGCUCUUGAGGAGGCUGUGGAGGAGGAGGAGGGCGGCAAGCCGCAGCCGCGAGAAGUUCCUGAGUCAGCAGAAAGCUCUGAGGUGGUGGCUGUAUGCAUCCUCGAUCCAGAGGUGGUGUCUGAGCACAACCUGCGGAAACUCUGUGACCAGGGCAACAGAUGGAGCAGCAGCCCGGAGCCAAAGAGUGGGCAGUGGCGCAAGGCUGAAGUUGACAGGUUUCUUGAAGAGGUCGGCAACCAAGCGGCGGCCCCCCCGACGCCCAGCAGGACGAAGGCGGAGGCCGGUUUGGGAGACAGUACGUACACAUCAAGUCUCGAUGUGAGAUCAGUCAAGGGCUUGGUGAAGGAGGCACCACUCUUUGGCCAAUUGGAUGAUGACAUAUCAUCCAAUUCCCUCCGCGGUGCCCUUGGUCGCUGCGGCCGCAACGCCAUAGAGUUGGCCUGUGGCUGUUUUAAGGCCAAACCGAAGCCGCAGGAGAUCUCCAACUUGGAACAGGAAGGCGAAGUGGGCCGUUUGCUUCCAAAGCCAGCGGAGACAAACUCGCAACUGGGGGCUCUCAGUAAACAAGAUGACUUCCAAUACGGCUGGUUGGUUCUGUCUGCCGCAUAUUUGUUGCCUGCAACGCUGUGGGUAGCUUUGGAAGUCAUCGAGAAGUAUUUCAUCGAGGGCCUGGAUGACCCGACGGAGAAAUGGAGCUUCAGGUUGCCAUUUUUGGGCACCAGCAAACUUCGCGUUUGCUGCAUGGGCUUGCACUUUAUCUGCGGCUCUGUGCUCACUCUGAGUGGUGUCUGGCAAGUCUUGCCUUAUUCCAAGAGACCUGAACUCAGAUGGAGCCACCGACUUGUAGGUCGAAUCUUUGUGCUUUGCGCCGUUCUCACGGCACUGGGAGGAUUUACUUUUAUCGCGCAGCAGACCAUGUUAGCAGGAGGAUAUCCCAUGACGGUCUCCUUCUGCAUCUAUGGUUUGUCGGUCGUGCUGUGUGCAGUACUGGCCUAUUGGAAGGCGAUCCAAAAGGACUUGGAGUCGCAUCGCCGCUGGGGCCUCCGAGCCUUCGCCAUGGGCAUCGCCUCCUUCGAGUACCGCGUCUUCCUCUACGCCGGAAUCAAAUUCGGCUUCACCGUUUCCACGGAGCAGAACUGCGAGCCCUUGGCGGACGGCUCGGUCCCCUUCUUCCGUGAUCAGUACUACAACCAAUUCAUCGCUUGGUUUUUCUUUGUGGGCAACUGGGUCUUCGUGGAAUCGUACUUGCGCGCUUCCAAUUCCAAGCUGCAGCAGGCCAUUCUCUGGAUCUUCAUCGUCCUAGCUACAAUCAUGAUGAUUCUCUACACCUAUUGGGGCAUCGAACGACUCACAGUGCGUUACGAGCAGGACCACUCUGUUCUCAUCCUUGAUCUCGAUGCUGAAAUUAUCGAGGACACCAUGCGACAGACUCUCCAAAUAGCUCCAAGAAUGAUAAGAGUGGCCCCCCAUCCUGCCAUGUUGGCAGCACCGUGGACAUCGCGCCCUGCGCUGCUGGAGCGACCAUGGCGUCCGGUCGCGGAGCGACCGGAGCGACCGCUUUUUGGGCCGCGACGGCGGCAACGGGUGGUACUGGGAGCGGCAGCGGCAGCGGCGGCAGUGUCCGGUCGGACGUCCGGUCGGACGUCCGGGACUCCCAAAGCCUUGGAGCCAGCGGUGCAAGUGCUGAUGACCAACCUGAAGGUCUCUGAAGCACAGGCCCUGCGCAUGUCCAAGGACAUCCGGAAAUUUGCUGUCGCUCGAGAUGGAGAUGAUGCCACGGGCAGUCGCAGCGUGGCGUGGGCCAAGAAGUUGUGCCGCGGCCUCGAAAUGCAUGAGGGACUGGAGCCCUUGCUGCGACACGUGGGAGGCGUCGAGAAGGUUCUCUUGGAGCUGGAAAAAAGAAGUCGGAAACAUACGCAGGUCUUUCAGGACAUCGCCCAGCAGCAUGAGGCGCUGCGGGAUGGCGAGGAGAUUGAUAUGGAGGAGUACAGCAAAGCAGCUGAAUACAUGGGCCACGAGUGGUGGGUCCGCGCAUCGCAUCAGCGCAUCAUUGACCGCAUCGAUCAGUACUACCUCCUCUCCGCGGACCAGAUGCAUCGCGGUCAUCCGCCCUGGGUCUUUUGCAAGAACAACCGCUUGCCCAAAGGUUGGCGGGAAUAUACACUGCAAGGCAGACGGAUGUUUUGGAACCCAGAGAAGAUGAGAAUGCAGAACCAGGUGCCCGAGGGCCUGACGCUGGCGCAAGCGCCGGAGCCCGUGGAGCCGCCGGUGAGGCUUUUGGACAUCGGCUCCAGCAUCAACCGAUUCAAAGACUGGCCUUUUUACGUUGAGGCCCAUGCUUUAGACCUCCAGCCAGCUGCGGAGGACGUCUACCAAGCAGAUUUCUUUGAGCUGGAAAUCGUGGAGGCACCCGACGCGGAGUCCCCCCUUUGCGUGAAGGACGGGAAGUUGGAGGGUCUUGUCGCAACGUCCUUUGAUGUGGUGGUGCUCUCUCUAGUGUUGUCCUUCCUCCCCAGCCCGGAGAAGCGCAUCGAAAUGGUGGCCAAAGCGCGACAGUGUCUGCGAGAUCAUCGUGGGUUGCUCUUUGUGGUGGAGGGUGGCUCUGCGAUUAUGGAGGGAAAUUGGUAUCAGAAAGAUGCUGCGGCGGAGUGGUCACAAGCCAUGGAGACGGCUGGCUUCAAGGUCAUGAACUUCGACAGCCAGCUGCGGGAAGGUCGUCGCUCCAAACCAGUCCUGCAGUGGACGCUGGAGACGAAAGAAGUCGAAGGCACCGAGCUCGCCCCCCUGGUGCUUGGCAAAGAGCUCGAGUGGUGACCGACGGGUCGGUCUUGACACGCGAACGGUCAGAGAGCCACGUGAAAAA